AUGUUGUUCAGACAAAUUGCCCUCUUUUCUGGUGUUUCUGCCGCUGCCUCCGUCACUGGCUGCCAUUUCCACGGCUCCGACUACUUUUGCAACGACGAGGAUGGAAACCACGGUUUGGUGACUCCAGCUCCAUCCGCCACCGCAGAUGCCCCUUCGUCGUACACCUCGUGUCACGCCCACGGCACCGACACCUUCUGUAUGGUUGGAAGCGACGAGGUUCAGUUUGUAGCUGAGACUGCCACUGGUUCUGAGGCUCUGGGCUCUGCUGCCGCUCACGACCAUGACCACGAUCACGAUGACCAUGAUCACGAUCACGAUGAAGACGACCACGACCAUUCCCACGGCUCUGGUUCUGGCGACGACGACGAGAUCACCGGCUGCCACUACCACGGCUCCGACUUGUUCUGCAACGACGCUGACGGAAACCACGGCUCCAUCACCCCAGCUCCUUCUGCUACUGGUGACGCCCAGCUGAGCUACUCUGGCUGCCACGCCCACGGCACUGCUACGUUCUGCUUCGACUCUGCUUCUUCCGAGGUGCAAUUCGUGCCAGACUCCAACGGCCACUCUCACGCUCACGCCGGCUCCAACGUUUCCAACGGCUCUAACACUACAACCACCGGCACUGGAAGCACCUCUGGCACCACCACUGGCACCGCCACUGGCACCGGAGCUACUACCUCCUCCGACAACGGCGCCGUCAAGGCUGGUGCUUUUGGCGCUGCUGGUGCUGCUCUUCUCCUUGCUGGUUUGUUCUAA